GGAUUCCCAGUUUUAUUUAAGCUAACACAGAGCUACCCACCCAGAUUCUAUCAAUAGAAACUCAAACAAAGCGAACAGUAACUUCAAAAUCAGAUCCCAAAUCGAAACCCUAACCCUAACUCUCAUUCCGACGAUGGCGACUGUAGGAAUCGAAGCUGUGGCGGCGCCGGCGGAGGAGACGUGCUCGGCGAAGGCUUCGAAACAAGGCGAGGGGCUCAGGCAGUACUACCUCCAACACAUUCACGAGCUGCAGCUCCAGGUUCGCCAAAAGACUCACAAUCUCAACCGCCUCGAGGCCCAGCGGAAUGAGCUCAAUUCUCGAGUGAGAAUGCUUAGGGAAGAAUUACAGCUACUCCAGGAGCCUGGAUCAUAUGUUGGUGAAGUUGUCAAAGUAAUGGGGAAGAAUAAGGUUUUAGUUAAGGUUCAUCCUGAAGGGAAAUAUGUUGUUGACAUUGAUAAAAAUAUCGAUAUCACCAAGAUAACUCCAUCAACAAGAGUUGCUCUCCGUAAUGACAGUUAUGUGCUUCAUUUAAUCUUGCCAAGUAAAGUUGAUCCAUUGGUCAACCUCAUGAAAGUUGAAAAGGUUCCAGAUUCCACAUAUGACAUGAUUGGCGGUCUUGACCAGCAAAUUAAAGAGAUAAAGGAGGUCAUUGAACUUCCAAUCAAACAUCCUGAGUUAUUUGAGAGUCUUGGAAUAGCUCAACCAAAGGGUGUUCUGCUAUAUGGCCCACCUGGUACAGGGAAAACAUUGUUGGCUAGGGCUGUGGCUCAUCAUACUGAUUGUACUUUCAUCAGGGUUUCUGGUUCAGAAUUAGUUCAGAAGUAUAUUGGAGAAGGUUCCAGAAUGGUUAGGGAACUUUUUGUCAUGGCCAGGGAACAUGCUCCAUCAAUCAUAUUUAUGGAUGAAAUAGACAGCAUUGGAUCUGCUCGAAUGGAAUCUGGUAGUGGCAAUGGUGACAGUGAAGUGCAGCGGACUAUGCUGGAGCUUCUCAACCAGCUGGAUGGAUUUGAAGCAUCAAAUAAAAUAAAGGUUUUGAUGGCUACCAAUCGGAUUGAUAUUCUGGAUCAAGCUCUCCUUAGGCCAGGGCGAAUUGACAGGAAGAUUGAAUUUCCUAAUCCUAAUGAGGAGUCUCGUUUUGAUAUUUUAAAAAUACAUUCAAGAAGAAUGAACCUGAUGCGUGGGAUUGAUCUGAAGAAAAUAGCUGAGAAGAUGAAUGGUGCAUCUGGUGCAGAGCUCAAGGCUGUGUGCACAGAAGCUGGGAUGUUUGCUCUGAGGGAGAGGAGGGUUCAUGUAACACAAGAAGAUUUUGAGAUGGCAGUGGCAAAGGUAAUGAAGAAGGAGACUGAGAAAAACAUGUCAUUGCGGAAGCUAUGGAAGUAGUGUUCCUAUAUGUUAAUGUUUUGUUUCACUCCACUCUUUGAGCCAUUGAUCCGUGGCUUUGUUCUUCAAACACAGCCAACAGUUCAGUUCUUUGUAUGGAUAUAAAAAACAGGGCGGGGGUGCCUACACUUGUUGAAGUUUUUAAAAUACCACUGGCAUCUCUGUUUAUUUUGUUAAAUAUUCUUUUGUGAUACAUUUUUAUGUAAUAUGUGUUUUACUUCAAGUAUCUGACAACAAUGUUCCUUGACAAUGACUGUCAAUCUUUUAUCAA